AAAGAAUAAGAAGAAGAAGAAGUAAGAGGAAGAAGAAGAAAAACAGAGCGAGGGAAAAUGGUGUUGUGGGAGAUUACAUUGGCAACAGCGUAUUUCUUGGGGUUAAAGCGAACGUUUAAGCUCGCUAUGAAGAUUCAGCGACGUCUUGUUUCCCCCAAGCACCCUCGGAUUCGUCAAUUUCUGCGCGGACGUACACGCGCCAUAUUUGAUGUUACCGUAAAAGUUCACCAGAGAAUUCAGCAUCGAAACAUAGAAGUUGGUAAGAAUCUUGGUAGCUGGAUUUCACGAGGGCUUAAUCGAAUGAAACAAUCUGCUGAGAUUCAUGAACCUCCAAGGGGGCCUAUGAAAUGUAUGAAAAUGGUCAAGCAGGCUUCCAGCUCCUACUUGAAACACCGGCCCAGCCCUCGAGCGGUGAUUAGUCAGAAAUUCGAUCAAUAUAUGUCAAUUACCUCAUCAGUACACAGAUGGCCUAAGCCCUUCCCUACCAUUGCAAUGAUCAUGAGGCAGCCGAAGCCCGCUGGAACUGGGACCAUGAUCCAAUACCGACAAUAUGCCAUUUGUGGCUCUGAAGCAAUGACAACAAUGAAUUACAGAAGAGGAGGUUUCAACAACGUUAUUCGAGAAGAUAUUAUGCAGUGGAUGCUCCGAAAUUAGAAGAGAGAAUGUUUUCUAGUUGCCCUCUCCUUGGAGACUACAAUAUUUGGCCGACAAUACAGUCUUUAGUGAAGUGUUUAGCUUCCAAUCUUAGAUUGGAGUCGAUGGAGAUUGUUCCUUUUCUUCUUGAUGUAAAAUCUUUCUAACAUGUUC